GGGGGGUUGGUGGGUGGUGCUAAAUCCAUUGAUCAUGGGAAUGGACUGGAACGAUAAACACUCUCCACAUGAGAUGUUCCCUUUCAAGAGACUUGUUCCCAUAAAUCAUUUUGUCCAGCUUUAUUUACUGCUCCACUGAAAAUGGUUCUUAAGGAAUAUCACCAUUGACUCUGUAGCCAAUGGCUAGAUACGUCCACGAUAGGCCGCCAUGUUCCGAGCUAGCAUUCUUAUGGAUAAUUCAAAAGCUUUAUCUUUACAGAAGGCAAUUGAAUUGAAUCCAACGGAUCCCACUUCCCAGCAUUUACUUGGUCUCUGGUGUUUUACUUUCGCUGACAUGCCCUGGUACCAAAGGCAAAUUGCCGCUACUAUCUUUGCUGACCCGCCGGAAUCUUCAUACGAGGAGGCUUUGGGACAUUUUAAGAAAGCUGAAGAAUUACAACCAAACUUCUUCAGUAAGAAUCAUCUGUUGCUGGGAAAAACGUUUCUACGAGAAAACAAGAAGGAGGAAGCAAAACUGUGGCUUGAAAAGGCGGCGAACAGUAAUCCGGGUAUAACAGUUGAUGAUGAGAUGGUACGUACAUUGUUAGUUCUUGAUGAGGGACGCCCCUUCAACACGGUUAAAAAUUCGUCAGCUAAAACGACUAAUAACUAAUAGUAAAAAAGUAAUUAAAUUAAGAAAAAAAGGCUGCUUAUGUUGGUUUUGUUACAAUAACGUUCCUUUACACUCACUGAGUUCUCUUUUCACAUGCAUUUAACUUUUGAAGUAAUCUAAUUAAAUUCUCAAUGUCACGGUCUUAUUUGAUAACUUCUCUUGUAAAAUACAUAUUGAUUGACUCAUUCUCCCUGUAGUCAGUUGACUGGACUAACUGGAGUGUUGAAGGACAGAUCAUAACAGCACCGUACAGAAUCUGCUCUGCAGCUCUCCUUCCGGUGUCACACCUAAACAUUGUUUUAAUUUUUAUAGUAUUGUACAACAACCCGGGAACAUCGUGUCAUUCUACUCUUGUUUGUAUUUACAGGCACAGGAGGAGGCCAAAAAAUUGUUGAAGAGUCUAUAGACGGACUGACAAGUUAUUAUCAUUAAUGAAAAUGUUGCUGAUUGUUGGGUUAUUUAAUUUUAUAACGCUUGGUUGUUCUUGCAAACACAUUAAAAACAUGCCGUGAAUUUGA